AAAUUCAUUGCCAGGCAGAAUCGUCAUCGCCAAGGAAACAUGACAGUCCUGUCUGAUAACUUGUCGUGCCAUCACGCCAUCGAUGACUUCCGAAAUAGAGUGUACUCCACGUUGUACUCCAUGAUCUCGAUCAUGGGCUUUGUGGGAAAUGGUGUCGUCCUCUAUGUACUCAUAAAAACAUACCGGCAGAAGACAGCCUUCCAGAUAUACAUGCUGAACCUUGCCGUUUCUGACUUUCUGUGUGUUUGCACGCUGCCUCUUCGGGUUGUGUAUUAUGUGCACAAAGGGAACUGGUUCUUCAAUGAUUUCCUAUGCAGGAUCAGUUCGUACGCACUGUACGUCAACCUGUAUUGCAGCAUUUUUUUCAUGACUGCAAUGAGCUUCUUCCGCUGCAUAGCCAUCGUUUUUCCAGUCCAGAAUAUCAACUUGGUAACGGAGAAAAAGGCUAAAAUGGUCUGCGUUGGCAUCUGGGUUUUCGUUACCCUGACGAGCGCUCCCUUUCUACGAAACGGAAGUUACCAACACGGCAACAAGACCAAGUGCUUCGAGCCUCCCGAAGAUUCCCAGAAGACAAAUCUCGUCGUGAUCCUGGAUUUUAUUGCCCUGUUUGUGGGCUUCAUUAUUCCCUUUGUUGUCAUAACUAUCUGUUACACCAUGAUCAUAAGGACCUUACUGAAGAAUUCCCUGAAGAAGAAUCAGGCUAAUCGCAAGAAAGCCGUCUGGAUGAUAGUCAUCGUGACGGCUACCUUCCUGGUCAGCUUCACCCCCUAUCACAUCCUGCGCACAGUCCACCUGCAUGCGCUGAGGCUGAAGAAGGCCAGCUGCGAGGACGCCAUAUACUUACAGAAGUCGGUCGUCGUAACGCUGCCCCUGGCAGCUUCCAACUGCUGCUUUGACCCGCUCCUCUAUUUCUUCUCAGGGGGCAACUUUCGGAAGAGACUCACCACGUUGAGGAAGGCCUCUUCCUCCAGCAUAACACAAGCAUUCAGGAAAAAGUUCUCCAUAAAAGAGAAAGAUGAGGAGCCCUUUGGAGAAAGCCACAGGGAAAAUGGAAAUGCAUCUGAGGUCCCUUCGUAAGCGGGGUGCGUUUUCCUGCAGGAUCUCAAACGGGCAACAGAGAUCACAAACCUGUUUUGGUAAAAACGAACAAAGCCCACAAGUCUCUGUCACAGUUAGAUAUGUACUAGUUAGAGUGGACAGUCUCUGAUUUAUCCCGCUCGGCAGCGGCGCUAGCACGGCUGCCAGCCAUGCCCGGGAGCUCCUCGGCGGCGCGCUCCACCGCUGGCCCCCGGCCG